GUCGAGGAUAUCGAGAAUCCGAUAAAGCAAGUGUUAACGUUUUAUCUUCAACUGUUCCUAACUUCAAUUAUUCCUAAAAAGACUUUGAACAUGAGGGCCACACCGACGGAUUCGGCCGCUCUGAUUCUUCUACCCUUCGCGCUGUUCUUCGUGCGAGUAAUUGGCGAUGACAAUUCACGGACGUUUAUGAAUCUUAAUGGCCAAAAGCCGCAAUUCAUCUCGUUUGACACUAAAGGUGGAGAAGUCGAAAUCACUUGGGAUGUAUCAGUACCUUUCUUCACGAUACCGAUGAAUCACGUGAGUGAGAAUGGCGAAGUGUUACCAUUGCUUAAUGUUAACACGAAAGGAUUGUCAAUCGCUGGCAUGCUAACAGCCAUUCUCAGUUUGGCGGUGCCUCUUUUAUCGAAGCCAGGCCCGGGAAUGCAAUAUCGAAGUCUCGACUCGCAAUGGUCGCAAAUGGGAGAUACGAUAAACGAGAUCGUGUUUAGCAAUCGAUACAUCACACCCUGCGUCCAGCGCAUUGUUUGCACCAUCGUUUCCGAGGCGAGUCAUUCCGACAAUCCUUCGAGUACCGAUAAGAUUAUCGAUGGAUUAUCAAGUCACAAGUGGUUUAAGGAAUUCACAAAUGGCACAGUCCUUCAGGAAGCUAUCAGAGUAGGUCGAGAAGGACACCACGACUGCAGUCGCAUCUACAAGGAAUGCCUUGUGACGCCGAACAUUCUUAAAAGUAUGAUGGCGCAAAUCGGCGUAAUUUAAUGCCAUGAUUUUCGCAAUUGUAAAUUGUAAAUAAGGUAUCAUCGAUCGCGAGAUGGGCAGUGUUUGAGUAGUCUUUUAUUAUCACACACUCUUGUUGCCGAAGCGAAUGUCGCGUCGAGAAUGAUUUUGUGAAAAUUUUGCAAAACACCCUCUAACCCGGCAAAUGUGUCUCACGUUCAAUUUUAAAAUCAUUCACAGUGUAACGAAUGAGUUACAUCAGGACGGCUGAUCUUCAUUAUUCUGAUGCACGAGGUGUGAAAUUUCGUCGCGCUUAAGAGAAACUUCGUCGCAUAUUUAGAUGAUGGCGCUUUCACUUUUGCUUUUACGCAAAUUGUUAGAAACCACCG